AAUGCACUGUAAGCCUGACAUGCUUUGUAAAUAUAAUCCUGUAAAUGUGCUUCAUAUAAAAUAGGACCUCUGAAUUACCAAACUUAAGGAAGAUUGUUGGGCAAAAGUACUUACGAGACGACCUUUAAUCAAGCUUGAAUGCAGGUCGAUUUGUAACAUGAAUAUUUUGUGAUUAGAUGAAAUUUUAAGGUUAAGUUUGGAGGCAUAUGUGGACUUUUAACUGUCAUUUAUGUUAAAAGUAAAAGAAAAUGAAACAUUACGAAUGGUCAAGUUUAGCAUUGUUACGUGGGAUCAUGUUUGGAUCAGCUUGACAUAGAGAUAGUAAAGUGUGGAAUGACGUUGCUACAGAGGCAGAAUGAGCCACACCGAAAGUUUUAUAGAAUCUAUAACGAGUAUUUAUGGUGGAUUUACUGAAAUGUUGACAUCCAUUAAGGCAGUGUUAACAACUGUUUUAGAGGUGAACCAUAAUGCCAUGUCUGUCGUGCUACGAUUUUGCGCGAACUUUGCGAGUGCGGUAUGGGCCGUGUUGCAUUUUAUUUGCGUAAUUGUGUACACGUUACUGGUGUGUGUCGUUGACUUUUUACAGGAAUUGGUGAACUUUAUCACUGCUUUCUUGUAUUUGCUAUGGAAAAUUUUGGUUUUAGUGUACAGUUUAUUAGAUCUACUGUUACAUGGGCUAGAAUGCGUAUUUCAUUUCCUUUGGACAGGCGGAAAAUGGACAGCCAAUACAAUCAAGCUUUCUGGACAGAACCUUUCAGACAACGGAUUGAGCACGUGGAAAUAUUUUGUGGUUUCGUUAAAAGAAUUGAGUAACUCUUUGUUAGGAGGAUUCUUAAUAAUUGGAGACUUUACUAAAGUGUUUUGUUUAUUUGUAUAUGAUUCUCUGUGUUUAAUUUACGAAUAUGUUUAUGAGUUUAUUUUGUACACUGAUUUUUAUGUGCGCUACUUCUGUAGGCGCUGUUUUGAGGCAAGUUAUGAUUUAAUUACGGAGUACAUUCUUAAUAUGCGUAAAGAGGCGUACCUUGGAUUAAUUAUAACUAUUCUUUUGUUCAUAAUCAUAAAAAAUAUUGUACACCUUAUGUGUUCUGAAGGUUUCACAUUCCCCGUUACCGGUUGGUUUAGUGGGAGCAUAUCGGACGAAUAUGAUUCAGACUUUGGUGAAUUCGAGGGUGAUCGAGGUGAAUUCUCUGAUGACGAGGAAGGACUGAAUUACACGAGGACAACCUACAAUGACGCAGAUAAUAACGAUGAGUACAGCGUUAAUUCAGAUAUAAGCGAUGACUCUGAUGAUGACAAUGAUGAUAGUUCCGACACUGAUGACGAGUUGGAAGUUGAUUCUGAUUCUGACAACGAGAGUAACGCGGCUAGCGAAAGUGAAAUGAGUGAAAUAAACAUUGAACUACCGCAACCGGAUGGUACUUUUGGCAGACGGUCGACAACGCCGUCAAGAUUUUCAAAAGAAAUGUCUCCAGACGACUUGAAAAAAAUUGUCGAUGAUGAAAAAGAGAGACGUAUGUGUGUAGUUUGUCAAGACAGGAGUAAGUCUGUAUUAAUUUUACCGUGUAGACACAUGUGUUUAUGUGUAGAUUGUGGCAAUCAUAUUGCGAGGUCAAGGUCAAGGGAGAGGCGAAAAUGCCCGCUGUGCCGAAGUAAAAUAAAUACAAUUAUGAAUGUCUACGUGUAGACAUGGGCAAAUGGUAAUAUACUUAAAGUAACUGUUUUACGUGAAAUUAUUGGAAAUAAUUAUUUAAGUGUCAUUGAUUGUCAGCAUUAUGAUGGCCAAUGUAUAUAUAAAAAUCACUGUAGAAAUAUUACAUGAUCAUAGGUGUAAUUAGGUUCAUAUGUACUGGUCAGUCAUUUGUUACAACUUACUCUUGCCUGGUUACUUUAGCUUUUGUACCAGCAGAGCCCUUGUAAAAUAUCUGCCCUGUAUUAUGGGGGAGUGGGGGGAUCUGUAGCUGAAAUCUUGAUAAUUUCCACCACAAUAUAGGCUAGGUACCAUCAUCAACAUGUAUUUCCUUGUCUAUAUAAUGGAAUUUAUAGUGGCUAAAUAAAACAGUAGGUAAUGCAAAGACUGGUGAAAGAUAAAAGCAUUUCACCUUCAAUAAUCCUCUCCCCUUUGCUACAGACAACUGGUGUUAUAAAUGACUCAAUGUACUCAUGUACUUCAAAUAUUAAUUAUAUAUUAUAUAGACAGACGCACCAUUUGUAUAAAAAAAACAAAGCAUUAUACUGUGAUUUAUAAUUUUGUAUUUGAAUAAUGAGAAGCUCUUUACAUGUACCUGUUUCAUUUGCCUAGAUUUGAAUUUAGAGAAAUCCAUUCAAUGUCCAAGUGAUUUCAAUAAUAUAAAUAAUUGAGCUACCAUCGGUAUUAUGAGCCUGGUCAAAACUAGAGCUGUCAUCGAUCGUAAUGAUAUUGAUGAUAUAUUUCUGUUGAUCACAUUUUAAAGAAUUGAUAAUUUUGACUUGAUUAAAUGUCUAGAAAAAAUGAUAAUUCACCCAAAACAUAAUGCAAAAACAUAUUUCAUAGCAGUAAUGAAAAAAAUAAUAGUCAGCAAAAAUCAUGCAAUGGGCUUUUAUAAUCAAGACACGUGUAUGAAAAGAACGUUUAACUGGAAGCUUUUGAUCAGGUAUGAAAAAGAAGUACAGACAAGUUAAAGUAAUUAAUACUUGAAGUAUGUAAUUAUCAAUACAUACUUUUAAUAUUAUGAUAU